AUACCAAAGACACUAUAUUUAGCCUCUUAAUAUGGAGCUAAUAAAAGACAGCAGGGAGAGAGAGCAGACUGGUGUUUGUAAGAGACAGAAAAGAUAAUGUAGUUGGUGCAGACAGUGGAGACCAUAGAAGGACUCGGUGAUUGACAGAGACAGGCAGCACCAACAGCUGAAUCUAAGAAUGGAGAAAGCAGCAGAGAGGAAUGAAGAUACAGUACAAAGGUUAGAGCUAAAUAUGGCUGAAUUGAAAAGCACCCCGGUAACUGUACACAGCAUUUGGUGACAUUUAUACAGCAGUGAACCACUGACAUUUUACGAGCAGUGCUUUCUGCUCAUCCACUGAAAAGAGAACCAAAAUGUGUCAUUAUCUAGAGGUUUAAGAGUUAAUGUAAUUCAUAUUAGCUGUUGUGAACAUUUAUGCACUUGUCAUUUUUGUCCACUUUUUUGAACAGUGAUCAUUUGUUCAAUCAAUGACAAUACAGUUACUUUGUUUUCACGUAGAACUCUCUAAUUGCAACAUGACACCCGCCAACACCAACAUACAGAGGCGACAACAUUUCUUUUUCUGUUCAGAGGGGGUGGGGAGCAUGUGGGCCAUGUGAAAGGUGCAAGAGACCCUCUGUUAGAGCAGUUGUGCUGCUAGAGAAAUGAAAGAGACCCACGGAUACAAAGAACAUGGAAAUCAGGAAUGAACAAGAUUUUCUUUCUCUUGGAUGCAAGGAGUAAACGGAAGUUUUUGGCUGUGAGAACAUAAAGGGGGAGUGCAGAUCCCGGAAAGAUACAGAUCAGAGGAGACAUAGGCCGUGAAAAUCUCUUGAAGGACACAGAGUGUAAGAAAAGGAAACUACUAAGCUAGCACAUGCCAUUUUUAUACCUGGAUUAAAUGCAACAAUAUAUGUGACCGUAAUUACAGAUGAAUAUCUACAACAUACAGUGCCAGAAAAGUGAUUUCAGUGGAUGAGAACACCUUUUUUUCAAUCAGUUAACGGAAAAACACACAUGCAUUGGUCAUUGGACAAGCUUACAUAAAUUGUGAAUUUUUUUUCUCAUUUACAUCAGGACAAUUUUACAACGGCAACACACUGCAGCAGUCACUGAGAAGGUUUUGUUGGAUUCUGAAAGAGACUGGACUUUAACAUCAACCAAUCCAUAUUAUCUGUAAUUUGCUGGUAUACUUAAGGAAACAAUACAAAUGUUUCUAAACUCUAUCCUUGUGGUCAUUACUGACCUGGCAGCUGGACUUCUUGGCAACACAUCAUUUCGACGUCAUUUUCAUUUGUUGCUGUCAUCACUGCUUUUGUUUGGGCCUCUCCUGAGCCUAUGGGUUUCCCAUUAUAGUAUCUUUGCAAAGAGGACUCACUUUCUCUACAGGGUGUUCCUGCGCUCAGGUUGGGGCUGGACCUGCAUCUUUGUUGGCUCUUUUGUCUUCGUCUUGUCUUUCUCAGUUCGUCGCUCUCUCACACUUUCCCUGCGACACCUUUCUCGGUUAGCUGUGGCAGGUGGACUGUGGUUGGGCUUCCGCAAACUGCUUUAUCUGUUGGAAAAUGCCACCGGAAGCUGCUAUGAGCCCCUCAGCUCCACUCUUGAGUUGGCUUCAGGGACCAAUGGAGAUCAGCCUUUACUGCUUUUACGAGAAGGUGAAACAAAGGAGGCCUGUGUCCGCUCUGGCAUGUUGUGGCGUGGCUAUGAAGUAUCUGAAGAUGCCCUCCUACUGUGUUUGUGCUGCCUGCUUCUAGCUGAGGAGACUGCAGUGUUUGGGCCCUACCUGAGCCUGGGUGGACCCUCUGGAGCCCCGCUGCGCAUCCUCUUCCUGUUCUGCGUACUGCUGUUGAGUCUCUGGGUGUUUCUGCUGCUCUGCCUGCUGGCUUACUUCCCCCAGUUUCCUACUCAGCUUUUGGGAGGGGCCCUGGGUUGUUUGAGCUGGAGAGCAUUGUAUCAGGGCUGGUACCGACUUGGACCUAGUUGGUACUGCCCUGGGAGGCCAGGGGUGGGACUUUUGUCUACACAGAGCAAACAGGAAGAGACAUCUGAGACACUGUGUGAAAGUAAUGCUAAAGAGAUCAACUAGAAAAGGCUUGAGCAAUUUGCUUGGUACAAUUUGGACUAACUAUAUAUAGUGGUGCUGCAGUAUAUCAAUGAAAAAAUAUAUAUAUCCGGCCAAAUCUCUACCAAUACAGAAUGAAUGUAUAUCUGAUCAAAAUUGCUGGUCUUUAUACAUUUUAUUAAUGCAUGCUUACUAAAUCCUCUCUCAAAUGAUUAACAUGGGCAAGAAGGUAUACUUCACCUAAAAAAUUUUUUUUUCAAACCUGUAUGACUGUAUUAUAUAGAACAGGGAUAGGCAACUCCGGUCCUGGAGGGCCACUAUCCUGCAGAGUUUAGCUUCAGCCCUCAUAAAAACU